GUAUUUUCACAUCUACCACAGUACUUUCUCAUAAGAGAAACUGAUAUCAAUUUUUGUCUCCUGUGUUUUGCAGACAAAUGGUUGUGGACGCACACUCUAUCAGUGUUAGCUCUUUAUACGGGGGCCAAAUUUGUGUUGGGGGCUCCAUUUUUCCUUGCCCUUCUGAUCUAUAAAUGGCGACAAAGGCAUUUAUCUAUGUAUGAAAGCAUUGAAGAUUUUCUGCAAAGCGACAACAACAUCAUCCCCAUAAGGUACUCCUAUAGAAAAAUCAAGAAGAUGACAAAAGGGUUUAAAGUAAGACUUGGAAAAGGAGGCUAUGGCUCUGUGUUCAAAGGACAACUUCGAAGUGGUCGUGAUGUGGCUGUCAAAAUGUUGGAUAAGGCUAAAGCCAAUGGUCAGGAGUUCAUCAACGAAGUUGCUACACUUGGUAGAAUCCACCAUGUUAAUGUGGUGCAACUUGUCGGUUACUGUGUGGAGGGAUCAAAGCGUGCUCUUGUAUACGAGUUCAUGCAAAAUGGGUCUCUUGACAAAUACAUUCUUUCUAAACCUAAUGACAAUGAGAAAUCCUUGAAUCUUCAUCAAUUGUAUGCCAUUUCUCUAGGAGUAGCUCCUGGUAUUGAAUAUCUUCACAAGGGGUGUGAUAUGCAAAUUCUACAUUUUGAUCCAAAGCCGCACAACAUUCUUCUUGAUGACAAUUUCAUCCCAAAGGUUUCUGAUUUUGGCCUUGCUAAACUUUACCCAACAAAUGAUAGCAUUGUGUCUCUUACAGCGGCAAGGGGAACUAUAGGAUACAUGGCUCCUGAGCUCUUCUACAAAAAUGUACGUGGGGUCUCCUAUAACGCUGAUGUGUAUAGCUUUGGGAUGUUAUUAAUGGAGAUGGCUGGUAGAAGGAAGAAUCUGAAUGUGUUGGCUGAGGAAUCGAGUCAAUUUUAUUUUCCUUUUUGGGCUUAUGAUCAGUUAAAUGAAGGGAAUGAAAUUAGCAUAGCAGAUGCAACAGAGGAAGAAAUGAAAGUGGCAAGGAAAAUGCUGAUCGUUGGGUUGUGGUGCAUUCAAACCAAGCCUAGUGAUCGUCCUUCAAUGAACAGAGUUGUGGAGAUGCUUGAAGGAGAUGAGCACGAUUUAGAAUUGCCUCAAAAGCCUUAUCUAUAUCCAGAAGAGUUACCAGCAAGGGAUGACAAUGCAAAUUCAAUACGGCGAUCCAACUCAUCAAGCAAUCAUCCUUCGAUGGAAAAGGCUCUUGAAGCAGAGGAGCAAGAGUCAGUAUUGCCUCAGCAGUCUUUUCUAUAUGCACAAGAUUCACCAACAAUUGAUGUUAGUGCUCAUUUACGUUCAACGCCUAAAUCCUCUGAUCCUUCAGUGAAUAAUCCUAAAGAGACAACCUCAUUUUUAGCUAAAGAUGAUGAGAGAUCAAUAUAGUAUUGUACAUGAGUACUAAUGACCUUGAUAUAUAUAUUUUUAUUACGAGAUACUCUUAAAUAUGAAUAAGAAGUGGGGGUUGUAUCGACCUGAGAAAUGGAUGCAUGUUGGGCUUCCAUUUCUCAUAUCAUGUGAUACAGUAAGGAAGAAGCAUUAUGUCUUUCUGGAUAGCUAUGUUUUUGAGGAAAUUGAUAAAAAUGUUUUACCUA